GUGAUGAAACCACUCAAGUCGAGUGACUUCUUGUUUAAAGCCUUCCAACCGAUGAAAGCCGGGAUUGAGAGCGAUAGCAGGUAUCGGAAGGGAGAGAUAGAUUACAUUUUGCACGUAAACCCCUUUCACAUGUCCUUAUACUUGGGAACCGGUAAUCGGAUCGCCACUUGGCUUAACUACAUGAGUGAUGUGGAAGCGGGCGGUGCGACAGUGUUUCCACUGUUAGGAGUGUCUGUUUGGCCGAAGAAGUCUUCGUCUGCCUUCUGGUACAACCUCUAUAAGUCGGGCGACGGAGAUAUGUUGACCCGACACGCGGCCUGUCCUGUACUCGUCGGCUCCAAAUGGGUGUCAAACAAAUGGAUCCACGAAAGGGGCCAAGAGUUCCGAAAGCCGUGCGCUCUCAAGAUUAAUGAGUAUAAUUUGGUGCAAAAUGUUUAGACCUAAUCCGCACUCAUUUACAUAUACCGUAAACCAAUUGCCAAAACAUUGAAUGUAAUAAUACUAUAAUACUGUAAAAGACUAGUCUUUGUAAUUUGCUUUAAAACUGAUUGAAUCGCAAUGUAAUCGAAAGUGUAUUUCAAUGCGGCCUUCAAUCUGAUGGUUGCGCUAAUUCUCUAAACAACACGUGUAAUGAGAGGACAGCUUUUUUCUUAAAUACUAAAUACUCACACAUUGUAUAGAGAGUAACGUUUUAGAGGUUAAAGUUUUAUACAAUAAUAGUUUAUACAAUUAUCUUUAUAUAAACACCAGUUUUUAAGCAAUAUUAAAAAAAACUUAUGUUUAAUAACAACUAAAUGGUAGAGAACUUAGAAUCGUUACACAAAAAAAAAGGAUUUUUACUUAUUUUAUACAAAUAAAUAUAACAUUAAAUGAAUUUGUCGAUCAUGUUUGUACUUUGAAAGCUAGUAAUCAUGAAUCCAUCAAAAUUGAUAAUUCAAUUAAUAUCUGCCAAAAGAUUUUUUAUUAGUUGUUUUGCAUAUUAUUUUGUUUGCAUUUUUUGACGCCAACAUAUCGGGAGAGAUAUUCUUCUAUUUUUUGCUAUAUUUAUCUUAAUGUGAUUUUAAAGUCGCCUCAAAACGUGUGUCUGUCUCCUGAUUAGUGUAACACUUGUGUAGCUUUUGAUGAAAUUAUUAAUAAAAUUAUAUUGAAAAAAAAUA